CCUGAUUGGUGGGUGGAGCCUCUUGGCUUGAUUACAACCUGCCUCAUUUGAUAUUUAGGUGCUACUCCAAUGUAGAACGACAGCAAAAGUGCCUUGCUUGGCGUUUUACUUAUUGCCUUGUUUGACCUCACUUACAUGUUGCUACCUGUUUCGUCAUUUCCAGGAGUACUUAGGGUUUGUUAUUGGCAGAGCCAACUAACCAAUCCUGGAGAUGCCGAAGAGAAGAGAUAUUCUUGCCAUCGUGUUGAUAGGGUUACCCUGGACUCUGCUCAUCACCGUUUGGCACCAAAGCGCUAUCGCUCCACUCCUCGCCAUCCACAAGGAUGACGGCGUUGAGGGCAAGAGGGAGGCGGGCGGCCAAGCAGGAGACUCCAAGGAAUACUGCGCCUCAGAUAAGGACAUUGUAGAAGUGGUGAGAACUGAGUAUGUGUACACGCGGCCGCCGCCUUGGUCUGACGUCUUGCCCAGUAUCCACAUCAUCACGCCCACCUACAGUCGACCUGUGCAAAAGGCCGAGCUGACACGGCUGGCGAACACCUUCCUCCACAUUACCAACCUGCACUGGAUCCUGGUGGAGGAUUCUCAAAGAAGGACGUCUCUUGUGACGCGGCUCCUCAGAGAAACGGGCCUCAACUACACCCACCUAAAUGUCGAGACGCCCAGUAACUAUAAGCUGCAGGGGGACACUAGGGACCGUAGCGUCCCGCGGGGUACCAUGCAGAGGAAUCUGGCACUCCGGUGGCUGAGGGAGACCUUUAACGCUAAUAGCACUCAAGCUGGAAUAGUCUACUUUGCUGACGACGACAACACUUACAGCCUGGAGCUGUUUGAGGAGAUGAGAUCAACUCAAAAUGUUUCUGUGUGGCCCGUGGCCUUUGUGGGCGGCCUGCGCUACGAGCACCCCAAAGUCAAUGCGGCUGGGAAGGUGUACGGCUGGAAGACGGUGUUCGACCCCCAUCGGCCCUUUGCCAUCGACAUGGCCGGCUUCGCCAUCAACCUGAGGCUCAUCAUCUUCAAGCCUCAGGCGUAUUUCAAGCUUCGUGGGGUGAAGGGAGGCUACCAGGAGAGUAGUUUACUGCAGGAACUUGUCACACUCAACGACCUGGAACCCAAAGCAGCCAAUUGCACCAAGAUACUUGUUUGGCACACAAGAACAGAGAAGCCCGUCCUCGUAAAUGAAGGGAAAACAGGAUUCACCGACCCAAAUGUGGAGAUUUAACCAUUUCUCCCAGAUCUCCUAUUAAGCGUUUGUCUCCGGAUUCCUGAACAUGCAUUGAUGAAGAUGGCUCUUGAGGUCCAAGACGUGAAAUUUUUCUCAGACAUGGACAAAGCCGCAUUAUAUCAAAGCACAGAUUGGCUAGAGGCGGCUUUUAUUUAUGAAGUGUGCGAAAGAGACAUUGGCAAGGAUGCGCCACUAGACAGUAGGGGUGCAUGAUACUGCAAAAUCAUGCGAUAUGCGGUAUUGGGGUUGAAUAUUGUGAUAUCGAUAUUAUUGCAAUAUUUAUUCUCAGGGCUUUGAAUCGAUCCCAACUGGACUGUUCUGUUUGUCUUAGAAGACGUUUCACCUCUCAUCCGAGCAAAACGCCUUCUAAGACAAACAGAACAGUUUAUUUGUGAUCGAUUCAGUGCCUUGAGAAUGAAAUUACCUGGAUGAAUGAGAAUAUUCACAGGCAUGCCCGUAAAGAAAUGACAUUUUUAUUAUCUGAUGAAAUAAAUACGUGGUCUUAAAAAUUUUGUUUACGAGGGGUGUACGUUAAUCACCCAAUAAAAAAAUUGUAGUGACAACUAAUGGGGAGGCGGCACGGUGGCCGACUGGUUAGAACGUCACCCUCACAGUUUUGAGGUGCGGGGUUCAAUCCCCGUCCCCGCCUGUGUGGAGUUUGCAUGUUCUCCCCGUGCCUGCGUGGGUUUUCUCCGGGCACUCCGGUUUCCUCCCACAUCCCAAAAACAUGCAUGAAUUGGAGACUCUAAAUUGCCCGUAGGCAUGACUGUGAGUGCGAAUGGUUGUUUGUUUGUAUGUGCCCUGCGAUUGGCUGGCAACCAGUUCAGGGUGUACCCCGCCUCCUGCCCGAUGACAGCUGGGAUAGGCUCCAGCAUGCCCGCGACCCUAGUGAGGAGAAGCGGCUCAGAAAAUGGAUGGAUGGAACUAAUGGGGAUUGCGGAACACUUGGCAUUUAAGAACGCAGGUCGGAAGAACGCAUACUUACAUAUAAACCCUUUCCGCUCCACACACAAAGAUGAAAAGGUUCCUCGAUUUCGGUGCCCAAAAUCACACAUUCAAAUGAUUUUGACACGAUAGGCAGGUAUAUCAACAUGAUUAACCAUUGUUAUUCUUGUUUUAUAUGAAGUUUGAUGUAAAUCCGACAAUUAGUUUGUUCUCGGCGUGGUCAGGAAUGAGAGAAAGAAAGUUAGCCGGAUGUUUGAUAUUCGCUACACAUUCAGUUCUCACAUGCUCCACUAUAUUACAUGUGUAUUAUGUAAAGGACAAUUUCAAAAACUCUGAAGAAAAAAUGCGGCUGGGUUUGUUGUCAUUGCAAAUGUAUAUGCAAUCACUGCAACAACGGUGCUUGAGUCUACUGUAUAUUUGGCUUACCUGUGUUAAGGACCAUCAUACAAAUUACACAUCCCAGGAAUGAGAAUUAUUAACAGCUUGUCGCAAAUUCAUUCAUUUUAAAUUAAUAAUUUCAUGAUAUUAUGUUUUUGUACAUAAUAUAAUAAGAGAAAGGCACGGUGGACGACUGGUUAGCACAUCUGCCUCACAGUUCCGAGGACCCGGGCUCAAAUUCGGCCUCACCUGUGUGUAGUUUGCAUGUUCACCGUGUGCCGCUGUUGGUUUUCUUCGGGUACUCCGGUUUCCUCCCACAUGCCAAAAACGUGCAUGGUAGAUUUAUUGAAGACUCUAAAUUGCCUGUAGGUGUGAGUGUUUGUUGUUGUUUACAUGUGGUUGUUUGUUUAUAAGUACCCUGUGAUUGGCUGGCGACCAGUUCAAGGUGUACCCUGCCUGUCGCCCGAAGAUAGCUGGGAUAGGCUCCAGCAUGCCCACGACCCGAUUGAGGAUAAGCAGUACGGAAAAUGAAUGAAUGAAUAAUAGUAUGAAUUGGAAAAAGGUUUUUUUUUAAUAGGAAAAGCAGAAUUUGCCUGAUGAAAAUGUUAUUUUGGCCCACAACUGAAUUCUCAGGAAAAAAUCUGACCCGAGGCUACCUAGUUUUGGGCCCCUGGUCUAUGGUUUGUGACAGUAAUAUUUGCAUACAUUUUCAAAUUAAAUUAAAUAAAUCAGCGCUUAUCUUCACAGCGCCGGGCACAUCCUUAAAUUUUCCUGUAUGCGGCUCUUGGAAGAAAAACUUCAGCCACGCUUGAUUUAGAUAUUGUAACUACUAUAGUUCAUACUUUCCUUGUUGUCUAUUUAGACAUUGGAAUUAGCAAUUCACAUCGGAAGGAGCAGAUGUGGACUUAAGCGUACUCCUCCGCGGUCUCAAUGCAGAUUGGCUGACCACAAGCAAAGAGUGGAGGUGUGUCUUUGAGUACAUGCUUGACACCUGAGAAAAUCUCAUCUUGCAUCACCCAUUUUCCCUUCAUUCCUGGCCCCUGGCCCUCACAUCCUCAGAGGUCAAAUUGCCAUAUAGUGAAAGGCUGCUGCUGAAUCAGAAUCUCACCAUCUGCUUGCUGCUGCUCAAGCACUGACGCGAUAUGUCGUGAAGUGAAAGCUACCAACUCUGCCGAGGUUAAGACGAGGCCAGAUGGAGUGGGCGGCCGAGCUGCCUCGCCGGAUGUGAGCACACUGAGAGAAGUUAGAGAAGACACCAAGAUGGAGUAGAGUGGAUGCAGCUUCUUGCAUUGCCAAGUGUCUGAUCACCAAGCGAAACAUAAGCUAGUUGGUGGAGAAAUCGUUGUUGACAAGUACUUAAGACCUGACCACCAUCACUUGUGAUCAAAAAGUAGAGUCCUAAAACCUGUUUGUGUUCCCUUUUAAAUGUUUUAUAUUACAUUGCCAGUUGAUUUCAUUCAAUAGUUGUGUGACAGGCAGUUAAGGAUAAAGAAUGAGAUUUGUGAGGUUUAACGUUUAUUACAAUUCCUCAUACAUCAUAAAACUCAAAGAGUAAAGUGAGUGCUUGGUUUAAAAAUCACAGGUAUGGAAUUCUUUGAUCUGGAUGAAAACCUUUGAAAAUAGUAGUAAGCUGCUUGAGAGCACACUGUUGAAAAUAUGUAAAUUAAUAUACAGUGUCAUCAGAAAAACAGCAUGGUGUCAAAUCUGUGAGUUUUAUUCCACAGAGCCUUGUGCAAAAUAACAGGAAGCCCAGCCAAUAAAAUAUGAUCAAUUUAUGUAGCAGUGUAUUUAACAAGCAGGAGAACCAGACAGCCUAUUGGUGUGCUUAAUGAAUGUGUCUUUAUUAAAGCUGCUCACGUAGCAUCUGGUUUGCUGAAAAAGAAAAUGAGUCUGAAUCUGCCAGUCAAGACAACAAGACAAAACAUUGUACUCUUCACUUCCUUUCGAUAACAUCAUUUACUAUACAAAGACUGUGCUUUAUCAAACUCGACACAUUUAUGUACACAGUCCAAUAAAGGUCAAGUGAAAGACUGUGCAUGGAUGACGGGCAAUAUAUACCAAAUUCUUUGCCACCUAGGUUUAUCCUACUUUGGCUACUUUGGUUUACAUUCUAAUCAUCCACAGAGAGAUACUGCCCUGGAGGGAACCUGCUGCCUAUUGUGGGAUAGCUGAGGAUGUCACUUUAUGCAAUGUUAUGCAUCUCAGACUGCCCUUCACAUCUUAAAAAGGAGACUUAUUCUUAACAUACCACAGCUUGUCUGCUCAGUGUUGCAUUUAUGAGUGAUGCAGUGUAGGGCCUUGGAUUUGAAGUUUAUAAGGCCCAAACAGGAGCAAACUGUGUUGGCUUGUCUCUAAAGUCAUUGACAGUUUCACUUUGUCAGUGAAUAAACAGUCCAAGAUUUAGAGUUUGUUUGUGCCUGAAGGAGUUUCCUGACUAACUGUGUUUGGAAUUUGAAUUACCCCAAUGUUGUAAAAUCCCAAUAUGGAUCAAUAUCUUUCUUUCUUUCUUUCUUUCUUACUCUUUCUUUAUUUAUUUCUUUCUCUCUCUUUCUUUCUUUACUUUUAUCUAACCAGUAAUAGCCCCACUGAGGUUUACAGUCGACAGUAUUUUACAGGAGGUCCUGGCCUAGACAGCAGCACAAUAGUUCCAUAUAAAAUACAAAAGAACAAACAUCGACCCAGUAACAGUAUACAAAUCACAUUAAUACAUACUGUACAUCACACCAUCACCGUCAGUGUUCAGUAAGAGGACAUGAGCAUUCAUUAGUCAAAUACAUAAUAAUUAUUGUUUUAAACCGGCACAUAAUCCAAGAUCAGAUAAAAUUAAAAAAAAAUUACACCAGGAAGAGGGUGCAGAUUCUUUAAAUGCAUGUUCACUGAACACAGUCAGUCCUUGUCUGUGGAAUGCUGAUCAUAAUCUGUCCAUCAGAUUGAAGAUUGGUCCUGGAUGUGACUUUAGAAAUCAAAAGCGAACCUAAGGUCAGCAAGUCACACAUAAUGGCCUUAUCAAGAAAAAAAUACCCGCGUCCUAAUCUACAAAUGUGAAAAGAAGGCCAAACAAUUUCAUAUAAACUGCAGUGAUGAGUACGAAAACCUAAAUCAGUUACAAAUCGUAAUGCUACAUGAUGCAUUGAAUCAAGCAUCGUAAGAGAGGAGAGAUUUUGAUGCCAUGUAUAAAAUGUCACCGCAGUCCAUUAUCGAAGAGUGGCCUGGAUAAAUCUUUUUUUUCUCGCAACAAAGGAGAAACAACCUUUGUUUCUACAAAAACAAAAACAGCUUCACCAGGAGUUUCUUUCUCUGACAAUUACAUGUUCACAUGCAUUGUACAAAAUGUAUUUUAAAUCAAAUCCCUGUUAUUUGUUGACAAAAACUUGUUUAAUCACUUUGUCAUUUAGUGUAACAAUCUGACAAACAUCAUCUUUAUUCCCUGAGUUUGGACAGCAAAUGAUUCUUGAGUCCGAUUUGAGUAAAAGGCAAAACUAAUAAAGAGGAAGAUCCCUCAGAAUCGAAAGCUUCUGGGUUCGAAUCUCAGCUGUAUGGCAUCCCAAAUACUCCAGCUCUUCCCACAAUCAGGCUAGGUUAACUAAACUUAACUAACUGUCCAUCGGUGUGAAUGAGACUGUGAAUGGUGGUUUGAUGUUCGCCCUGUGAUUGGCUGGUGACCAGUCCAGGGUGCCUCUCGACCAAAGUCAGCUGGGUAGGCUUUAGCUCACCAGCAGCGCAAAAGGAUAAUCAGUUUUAGAAAAUAGAAGGCUGGAUGGAUGGAUGGCGGAUAGUUAAAGUGGAUAGUUUUGUGCAAAGAAAGUAUUCGGGCCACAAUACGAAAAUAUAUUAAUAUUAAUAGAAUAAAGCCAGGCGGCACGGUGCCCGACUGGUUAGAGCGUCUGCCUCACAGUUGUGAGGACCGGGGUUCAAUCCCCGGCCCCGCCUGUGUGGAGUUUGCAUGUUCUCCCCGUCCCUGCGUGGGUUUUCUCCAGGCACUCCGGUUUCCUCCCACAUCCCAAAAACAUGCAUGGUAGGUUAAUUGACAACUCUAAAUUGCCCGUAGGUGUGAAUGUGAGUGCGAAUGGUUGUUUGUUUAUGUGUGCCCUGUGAUUGGCUGGCAACCAGUUCAGGGUGUACCCCGCCUCCUGCCUGAUGAUAGCUGGGAUAGGCUCCAGCACGCCCGAGACCCUAGUGAGGAUAAGCGGCUCAGAAAAUGGAUGGAUGGGAUGGAGAAGCAGACAGCCUAUUGGUGUGCUUAAUGAAUGUGCCUUUAGUAAAGCUGCUCACGUAGCGUCUGGUUUGCUGAAAAAGAAAAUGAGUCUGAAUCUGCCAGUCAAGACAACAAGACAAAACAUUGUACUCUUCACUUCCUUUCGAUAACAUUAUUUACUAUACAAAGACUGUGCUUUGUAUAACCUGUAAAACCUGCUGACUAUUAUGGGAUAGCUGAGGAUGUCACUUUAUGCAAUGUUAUGCAUCUCAGACUGUACGAGACUUAUUCUUAACAUACCACAGCUUGUUUGCUCAGUAUUGCAUUUAUGAGUGAUGCAGUGAUGACCUUGGAUUUGAAGUUUAUAAAGCCCAAACAGGAGCAAACUGUGUUGGUGUGUCUCUAAAGUUGUUCAUUCUUUCUUCCGCCUCCUGCCCGAUGACAGCUGGGAUAGGCUCCAGCACUCCCGCGACCCUUGUGAGGAUAAGCGGCUCGGAAAAUGGAUG